CUGAUAUGGAAAAAGAAAAAAACUCUUUGAAUCAAAAUAUUGAAAAUCGUUACAAGCUAGGUGAUGAUAUUAGAAAAGCGCAUGAUGAUAAGAAAAUGUGGUGCAAAAAAGAAUCUAUUAUAAAGAACAGAUUAUCUGAUUGUAAUGAAGAAUUAAGAAGUAUUGAUCAAAAGUUAAAAUCUAUGGUUGGAACUAAUAUUAUGAUUGGUAAAAAUAGCAUAGACAAAGUUUUACAAACAUUCAAAGAAAGACCUGAUAUGGCUAAUAAAGUUAAUAUGUACUUGGGUUUAGUAAUUGAAAUUUUUACUUGUGAUCCUGAAUGUUAUAAAGCUGUAGAAGUUGUUGCAGGCAAUCGCCUAUUUUAUCACGUUGUACAAAAAAAAAGUUUUGGUUCUGAACUCUUGAUGGAAAUGAACAGACAAAAAUUACCUGGUGAAGUGACGUUUAUUCCUCUUGAUGGAAUUAAUCCCCAUAUAAUAUCUUUACCAACCGAUGCGACAUGUCGUCCAUUACUUGAUACACUCAUUUGGGACAAUAAAUAUCGUACUGCUUUACAGUACAUUUUUGGACGCAUUUUAAUUUGUGAUUCUUUGGAAACUUGUACAAAAAAAAUAUUAGAAAAAAAAUAUCUAGAUUGUGUGACCCUUCAGGGGGAUCAAGUUGGAUCUCAGGGUUGGUUGAAAGGUGGACAUCUCAAUAAUUCGAAAUCAACUAUGAAGUUUCAAAAUGAAAGAAGAAAAAAUUUGGAAAAAAUAACUUCUUUACAGUCUGAUUUACAAGAAGUCAAUCAUGAAAUGGAAAAGCUCGACGAAUAUACUACUGGUUUACUUAGUCGUUUGCAACAAACAAAAACCAAAAUUAAUAUAGCAGAAGAUAAUAAUGUUGCUUUAGAAAACAAAUUAAAAUUAAGAUUUUAG